GCGAGCUGCGGGGCGUUCCCUCGCGCUGUGUUCGCUGAGAGAAGAGUUUUCUUUGGGCUCGCUGAGACCACCUUGGCGGACGAUGGCCGAGGGAGAUAACCGCAGUACCAACCUGCUGGCUGCGGAGACUGCGAGCCUGGAGGAGCAGCUGCAGGGAUGGGGAGAAGUGACUCUGCUGGUGGAUAAAGUACUCCGCUGGGAGAGGGCGUGGUUCCCCCCUGCCGUCGUGGGCGUGGUCUCCCUGGUGUUCCUGAUCAUCUACUAUCUGGAUCCAUCCGUUCUGUCCGGUGUUUCCUGUUUCGUCAUGUUUCUGUGCUUGGCUGACUACCUGGUUCCCAUCCUAGCACCUAGGAUUUUUGGCUCCAAUAAAUGGACCACCGAGCAACAGCAGAGAUUCCAUGAGAUCUGCAGCAACGCAGUGAAGACGCGACGCCGUGCCGUGGGCUGGUGGAGGCGCCUCUUCACGCUCAAGGAGGAGAAGCCCAAAAUGUACUUCAUGACCAUGAUCGUUUCUCUUGCUGCCGUGGCUUGGGUGGGACAGCAAGUCCACAACCUGCUUCUCACCUACCUGAUAGUGACUUUCUUACUGUUGCUUCCUGGACUGAACCAACACGGGAUCAUUUCGAAGUACAUUGGAAUGGCCAAGAGGGAGAUAAACAAGCUUCUCAAACAAAAGGAAAAGAAAAACGAAUAGUGCACCUGCUUUGCUCCCGUGAUGAAUGGAGUAUGCAUUGUCCCCAGAAACCACUUCUCCUUUGCUCUCUGGAUGCUAAAAUGUUACUGAAGUCAAUGUUUGCUCUCCUUCACUCUGCCCUUAGUUAGUGAGAAUUCAGACAUGCCAAGUCGGGCUGCGUGCGUAGUUCUGCUUGUCAGCUGGAGUUGGGUGCAUCCUCAGCAGUUGGCCUUACACUGCUCUUAGUGAAUGUGAUUUGCUUUCAUUUUUUUCUCAACCAGCAUUCAUUUUCACUUUUAGACAGCCUCCUCAAAAACAACUGAGUGAUGAACCUUCCCCUUAGUGCAGUGUGCAGUAAUGUUGCAAACUGUUGGAGCUGAUUUCUGCUUUAGCUCACACAGGUUAGUCUGCUGUUAACCUGCUUAAAGCACUGUCCGACUUCAUGAUGACAGAGACCAAGUUCACCACUUCUGAUGAAAAGACCAAUUAAGAGUCAUUCCUCAUUGUUUCUUUGCCCUAGGAGGGGAUUUCCCAGGAAAUACAGUGAAAAUUCCAUGCUUAGGAGGUGCAGGUUUUUCCUGUGUGCAAAACCUAGCAGUCUAGGGCAGCACUGACCUUUUCUCACAGUUGUAAUGGGCAGGUUGACACUUGUCUGCUUGCGCUUGGACUUCAAGCCAGAAGACCUCCCAAAUGAUGAGAUUCAGGAUGUGUGGCAUACUUGCAAUUCCAGUUUGUAGCUGACUUGUCAAGUACACAGCAGGUUAAGACUCCCGUGUCUGUCUGACCAUGAACUCCAAGAUCAGCCUGAGAUGGACAAAUAUCUUUCUAUGUUGUCUUAACCUACUAAUUUCUGAGGCCAGAGUAAGUCUCAAAGCAGAAGCCUCAAAAUCCUCAUGCAAACCUGGCCCUAGGCCGGUCCCCAUAGGUCUGGCAUAGGAGGAUCCUGCUUGUGUCAAAACUUUUUUUCCCUAGGUAUUAGAAAAGGCAAGGGCAGUUGGUGAGCAGUGACAAUUGGCCUCUAGUCUACACAGGUAGAACUUUUAAAGUCUCCUCUAAUCAUUCUGUCUUUCUUGGUAGCUAGAAGUUUAUAGUUGAUAUCAGUAGGAAUAAACCUCUACGGGCCAAAAAAUGUGAACUAUUUGGGAACAAGUCUUGAACUGAUUAACUAGCUGUAAUAUAGUUAUGUGAAUUUAUUGCACUGAUGCUGUAAAAGCCUCGCUUCGUGGUCGGUCUGUCCUUAUAUAGGUGUUGUUUCAGUACUGCUGUGAACAGUGGCUCCUGUUGUGGCACGUGUUUUUUAAUGUUUCAUAUGAGAACUACCUGAAUUUUCUGUGUUUUCUCCAUGUAAAUAAACCUGUCUUCCUAUGCA